UUUCUUAUUUCUGUUUCCUCUUUUUUCAAUCAUGCAUGAGAGAUUUUGUGCAUAAUGCAAGAUAAGUUUAACUUCACUCCUUCCGCUAUAUGUUAUGAAACUAUUCUACAGUUUACCGUGGUUGUAAGUUGUGGUGAUCCAGAAAACUUCUCAGAGGCGUCUCCAUCAUGGAGGUGACGGGUAAAUAUGACUUUAAAGCCACAGCGGAGGAUGAACUGAGCUUCAGAAAAGGAGAUAUAAUAAAGAUCUUAGGCACCAAUGAUAACUGGUAUAAAGCAGAAAUGAAUGGCAUUGAAGGAUUUGUGCCACAGAAUUACAUCACUGCUUUUUUCCCGAGCUGGUUUCAGGAGAACAUCGGCCGCCAAGACUCAGAGAAUAAACUCAUGUCUCAGCCAAUCGGAUCGUUUCUCAUCCGCGGCUCACAGAGUUCACCUGGUGAAUUCUCCAUUUCGGUCAGACAUGAAAAUGAUGUUCAGCACUUUAAAGUGAUGAGAAGCAGGAUUGGAGAGUAUUACCUCUGGAACGAGAGAUUCAGUUCCCUCAACAAACUGGUGGAUUUCUACAGCCAGAACUCCAUUUCUAAACACAGCCGUGUGUUUCUUCUGACAGAGCAACCGAAUCGAUCAGAUGUUCCACACAGAGAGCAGCCUGUGAAGCCAUCAACGUUGUCUCAGAAUCGAUCAGAUAUUCCACACAGAGAGCAACCUAUGAAGCCAUCAGCGUCAUCUCAGGGGAGACACAGCAAUGCCAGGGCACCUGGUCCACCCCACCCUCUGCCCCAACCACCUGCCCCAAAGCCAAAGCCACAGCCACAGUCGUCUGGGAUGUCGGUUCGAGCCGUGUACGAUUUCAAAGCAGAAGAUCCAGAUGAGCUGGACUUUCACGCAGGAGAUCUUAUUGAGGUUCUAGAUCAGUCGGAUCGGUUCUGGUGGAAGGGUUGUGUGCGGGGAAGAACCGGACUCUUUCCUGUCAACUACACAAAUCCUGUUUAAAAAUCCAUCAGACAUAAAGAGAAGUGUUUUACUUUUACAUUCACGCUGAACUUUUACAAGUCAGCAUACACACCAGGAGACUGCUGUAUUUAAUUAUAAUACAAAUCAAUUAAUCCAGAACAUAAAACAACUUUGUGAAUCCUGUGAAAGGAUCAGGAUUUAUUAAUGAAAUCUCACUUAGCUAAACAUGAUUGUCGUUCAGAUAAUGUUACACAUACAUAGUUAUAUUUAAGGACUUGUGUCUUAAAUGCUUCAGCGACGAUUAAAGCCAACAUGAUAUCAAAGUCAACACUGUUGAGCUUUUAAUUCUUUGUCUUAACUUAAACAUAUAAAAAAAUGUUUGUUUGUUUUAAAAUGUCAUUGUAGCAUUAAAAUUUCUCCCGACAGUA